AUGGAAGGGACGUGGGAAGAAUGGUAUAUCGAUUUAACUACUCGAGCUCGAACUGAGUACGACCUCCUGGGUCAUAUCGUUGGUUGGUUGCGGACUGUAUCUCGAAGCCUCAACGUGCAGUAUAUUGUAUUCGAAGAAGAAGAUUCCUGGAGGACUUCAGACAAGUUGGAAAAACAGAAAUUGGAAGAAGCUGCUCGUAUAACUGCGGAGAAGUUGGAAGAGCAAAGGCGCGCAGAUGCAGUUGUCCCUCCGUCUAUCUUUGACAUACCGUGGGCUAAUAAGCCAACUUAG